UCGGAGGCGCGGCAAGGCGAGGGGCGGCCCCGGGUCUUGGCAGGAAAUGGCUCUGCGGCUGUCUUUCCAGCACGGCCGCUUUUUCGUCGGCGGACGAGCCAGCUCAGCUUUUCUGCACAGUUCUUUGGGAAGUAAUACCUUUAGUGCAAAAGGAAGUACUGAACCCACCAAACAACCACUUAAGAAGCCAGUAACUCCAGUAGGUCGUUUUGAUACACCAGAAGAAUCAAAUGUAGAAAAGGAGCCACUAGAAAAAUUUCCCGAUGAUAUCAAUCCAACGACAAAAGAGAAGGGUGGUCCCAAAGGACUUGAACCAACUCGUUAUGGAGACUGGGAACGAAAAGGACGCUGCAUUGAUUUUUAACUCCUUUUUGGGGGAAAUAACAUUUGAGUGAAAAUAGAACCCAAAGGGGGAAAAAACCCACUUUACCUACAUAAACCAAAAUCUUCGCAUUUAUCUGUAACAAAGUGUCAUAUUUGUAGUAUUUAACCGGAUUCUCUGUGGAUAUUUAUGGUUAAAUAUGGUGAAAUUGCAUUUUAAUGAACUAAUGUGGAUAGGUUCUCUGCUGUUGAUUUGGGUGAUGCUAUGACAUUAUUAAGCAAAGAUAAUGCAUGAGAAAGUUUGGUAAAAGUACAGUUUUCUUUAUAGGUUUUCAAAGUAAGUAUCUGACAUUUUGGUGAAAUUCCAUGAUGGUGAUAAGAAUUCAAUAGGAUUUUAUUACUAUUGCAAUAUUAAAUGUACUUAUUGAAAAAAAUAUUGUUGAAUUUAUUUUCCUUAUUGAAUUUAUUUCACUUUCAAAAAACACUUCUAUAUUAGAUUUAAUGUGAUAAGAACAGUUCAUUAAUUGGAAUUCGCAGAGUAUCUUCAGACUUUGUUACUUACAGGCCAAAGUAUGGCAGAGGAAGGGAUUUCUAAUAUUCCUUGAUUUUUAUAUAAAAUAAUGAAGCAAUUCAUUUUUCCACAUUUAUGAACAAUUUAAUCAUGAUGGAGGGGACUGCUGAAUCUUUAACUGUAAAAUGUACCAAAAUUAGCACAUUAUUUAGGCCAUUUAUAUUUAAACCAAAUACACAAAAUAAUUCCUAACAAUUACAAGAAGAUUGUUAAUUAUUGCCUAUUAGGUUUAUGAUAAACUGUGAAUGUGACUUUUUUUUAUUCCAACUAUUUCAUUUAUUGUUCCUCUGCACUUAAUGAAUUGUUUAUCCAUAUAUUUAGAAGAUGUGGCAGUCUGGAUUAUGCUAUUAUUUAUCUGUCUAAUUCAGAUACUUUUAUUUAAAUAAAAGUUUCCUUAUAAAACCUAUUAGCUUAUUUAUAAAUAGCUAGAAAUGUGAAUUCUUAAGUGGAAGUACGUUCAGGUUUUCUGAACAUUAAUGUAUUUUCAUUUGUAUCUACAGUUCUUAGAACAUAGCAUAUUAAUAUUGAUACAAAUAUCCAUAGAAAUUUAUCGUAUUGAAAUAAAUCUAGAGACAAUGGGUACUUUGUUUUGAAUAUUCAAAACAAUUUCUCCAAUUUAACUGCUUUUUCUAUGGGUUGGAUAAAUAUUUCAUGUUUGGAAAUCUUGAGGUAGAAUGGAUUAUAUUCCUGCAGCUGAGUUUUUUUUUCACUAUUGACCAUAAAUUAACUAUAAAUCUUCCAAGAUUUCUCUUCUUAAGAUUGUUUAGAUCAUAAUUUAUAUGUAUGACCCCAUUACACAUGAUAACCAGUUUUGGUGAAAAUUCUGUCACUUUAUAAAUGAAGUUAAAGUUGACCAUGGCCUUUUAUCUUUAGAAAAGAUAUAAAUAGAAGUAUAUGUUUUCUUUUUGCUAUGGUGAUGAAGUGGAAAAUGAAUGCAAGCAACUUUUAAUUGUACCGAGUUAGUUAUUUUAUGGUAAAUAAAACUUCAUCUGUCACAAGUA